UUGCAUUCUCUUCAGGUGAUACGGCAGGAAGGGAUUCAGAAACAUAGCGUGGUCAUCAUGGUGAUAAAAGAUGAAGCUGAUCAAUAUUAAUCAGAAGACAUUGGUUACAUCCAGGCUUUUUAACAAAUGGUACAAUCUGUGAAAAGUGAUUUGAUGUUUCAGGACUCGAUGACCAUAUGGCUUGAUGUUUUUCAUGAAAAAUGGAAAAUUUAAAACUGUGAGAAGGAUCAAAUAUUCUUUGCUUGUUCUAACACCUAUGAAUAUGCUGGAUUAAUUCAAAGGACAUAUGUACAUCAAAAUAAUGGGUUGAAAUGGUAUAUCUGAUCCCAGCAUAUAAAUUGCAGUGGAUAUCAACAUGAUGAAAAUGCAGGAGGUAUUUGGAUCAGGAUAUGACAUGUACACGAUCAACUCCUCUUCAAAGAAAAUAUAAAAAGUCAGUUUCAUUCAAAACAUAAUGGCUGAAAGUACUGUAGUCCACUCACACAAUGCGAGUAGUGUAAAACCGGGUAAAAUUCACAUCCGCAAUGUGAAAGUGGCUCCCUUAAAUCCAGAAGGAUCCGCCUCAUCAGCCCACAAAUCGGCAUGGGACACCGUCAGGGCCCAGUACAGAGGAGGAAGGGGGGCGGCAGUGGAAACCAAAGUGGAGCCGUUCAGAGACUUGGAAAGCGAGCAAGAACGAAUAUCUGAGUGCCUGGAUAUUUCCUCCGUGUCGAAAGUGUUCAGAUCCAAAAAGUUCACGGAUCCCAAACUUGAGAGAUUGUACCAGAGAUAUUUCUUCAAACUGAACCAAAACAAUUUGACAAUCCUAAUGGGCGUGCUCAGCGUUGUUUGUGUGCUUCUGAUCAUUUUUUAUUAUAUCAGCGGUGCUACCUUACCAGCAAGGGCCAUUAACUUGGGGAUCAUUUUCUUCGCUCUGAUAGUGCUGCAAGUCGUGUGCAACAAAGGAUCAUUUGACCAGCAGCAAAUGGUGAUAGUGUCCUAUAUCAUUUUGGCUCUCAUUUUCGGGAUCACGAUUUUGAUAACGCUUGACAGUGUGCCUCGGACCGUGAGUGAUGGGGUGUGGUGCACUGUGCUUUUUAUUUAUCUCAUAUACACCAUGCUUCCCAUCAGAAUGCGGUCCUCUGUGAUAUCUGGAAUUCUUCUGGCAGUGAUUCAUUUAGGGUGUACAUUUGGACGGAAUUUCGGUGAUUCCUUUAUUUGGAAACAGCUGCUGAGUAACAUUUUGAUCUUCAUUUCUGUAAACAUUGCUGGAAGUUUUACCCAUUAUCCGACGGAACAAGCACAGAGACAGGCCUUCCUGGAGACACGGCGCUGCAUUGAAGCUCGGCUGACAACCCAGAGGGAGAACCAAGAACAGGAAAGACUUUUGUUAUCUGUUUUACCACGACACGUUGCCAUGGAGAUGAAAGCUGACAUUGCAGGGAAUUCAAAAGAUACUAUGUUUCAUAAAAUCUAUAUUCAGAGGCAUGAGAAUGUCAGCAUUCUGUUUGCUGACAUGUGUGGUUUUACGCAGCUGUCCUCGCAGUGCACUGCCCAGGAGCUUGUUCAACUUCUCAAUGAAUUGUUUGCCCGAUUUGACCGCUUGGCAGCAGACAACCACUGCCUGAGAAUUAAGAUUCUGGGGGACUGCUAUUACUGUGUCAGCGGUCUCCCAGAGGCCCGUCCUGACCACGCCCAGUGUUGUGUGGAGAUGGGGCUGGACAUGAUUGAUGCCAUCUCGUUGGUGAGGAAUGUGACUGGUGUGGAAGUUAAUAUGAGGGUCGGAAUUCACAGUGGGCGUGUCCAUUGUGGGGUCAUAGGUCUCAGGAAGUGGCAGUUUGAUGUCUGGUCCAAUGAUGUCACUCUGGCCAACAAUAUGGAGGCAGGUGGAAUGCCAGGGAGAGUACAUAUUACCAAGGAAACGCUGGACUGUCUCCAUGGAGAAUAUGAUGUAGAAGUAGGAAACGGAGCGGACAGAAAUUCCUUCAUUAAGGACAACAAGAUCGAGACAUUUCUUAUUGUAGCAGAUCCCAGUAAAACCAGGGAGAAGUCAAGAACCCUCCCUAACAUGCGGAGCAGGAACUCUCUAGCCAUGAAUGGCACAUCGAAAGACAUGAAGCUGAUGGGGUUUAACAAUGACAGAAACGCUAACAUCCACAACAAACUUGGUUUUGGAAAUAACAUUGAAACUAAGAACCCCGACGACGAGGUGAAUGAAUAUCUAGGUCGUGCAAUUGAUGCUCGCAGCAUCGACCAUCUCCGGUCAGAACAUGUUAAAGUGUUUCCCCUCAAAUUUCUCAAGCCGGAUCUCGAAGAAAAGUUCCAUCGCGUGCGUGACUCCAUGUUUGUGUCGCAUUUGGCAUGUAGUCUGAUCUUGCUCCUCUUUAUAUGUACCAUACAGCUCGUUAUCAUUCCUCAUUCCGUGAUUAUGAUCAUCCUUUAUCCAUUCACAAUCACAAUUAGUACCUGCCUGUUUCUCCUGAUCCUGUGUGAAAAAUUCAUGUGUACACCGAGAGUGUUGCAGCGGAUAGCCAGCACAAUAGCCGUCCACAAGUGGCUGAAGCAGGUGGUAUACAUCCUAGCCAUACUGUGCCUGUACGUUAGUGCCUUCACCUCCAUUAUUAUACUUGACACCAAUAGUUUGGAGUCCUGCUUAGGAAACCUGUUUAAAACAGACAAUGUCAACAUCUCCCUGGUCAAUCUUGCCAAUAUUUCCAUGGGAUCAGAGGUCAAUGUCUGUCAUCCAGUCACUGCCACCUCACACUUCCCAGAGUACUUCAGUUUCUGUGUGGUGCUGUCCAUGAUUGCCUGUGCUGUGUUUGUGCACAACAGUAGUGUCCUGAAGAUGGCGCUGUUAAGUGUAAUGUCCAUUAUUUAUCUGAUCGUGGUACAAGUCUUCUUCAUCACCAUCUUUGACAACCGAGACAUUCUGGUGCGAUCCAAUGUAGGCAGAAACUUGGAUGAGAAAGGUUCUUCCAUCGCUCUGAAGUGGGAGACGGUCAUCCUCUUCAUUGUCCUCACGAUUGUUCUGUCCAUCCACGCUCAACAGGUGGAAUCAACGGCCCGUCUAGACUUCCUGUGGAAAAUUCAGGCUACAGAAGAAAAAGAAGAAAUGGAGAGUUUACGUGCAUACAAUCUCCGCCUUCUGGCCAACAUCCUCCCACUGAACGUAGCCGAGCACUUCCUCAAAACUCAAUUCAAGAAAGACGAGGAGAUGUAUUACCAGGACUGUGAUAAUGCCUGUAUUAUGUUUGCAUCCAUCUCCAACUUUUCCGAGUUUUACAUGGAGCUGGAAGCUAACAACGAGGGAGUGGAGUGCCUUCGUUUGCUGAACGAGAUCAUCGCAGACUACGAUGAGAUUUUAGGAGAGGAGAGAUUUCGGUGUAUAGAGAAGAUCAAGACAAUAGGAUAUACGUACAUGGGGGCAUCGGGUCUGACUCCAGAGACUAACUACUCUGACAUGAGUCAUGUCGUGGCCAUGGCAGACUUUGCCUUCUCAAUCAGAGAUCUGCUGCAGAAUGUCAAUCAACACUCGUUUAACAAUUUCAAGAUGCGAGUAGGUAUGAAUGUUGGACCAGUGGUGGCAGGGGUCAUUGGAGCCAGGAAGCCUCACUAUGAUAUCUGGGGCAAUAGUGUGAAUGUUGCCAGCAGGAUGGACAGUACAGGAGAACCAGAUUACAUACAGGUCACCAGUGAGGUGUAUAACAUCCUGUCUGUUAAAGGCUACACUCUCCAGUGUAGGGGAAUGGUGAAGGUCAAAGGUAAAGGGGACAUGCUGACCUACUUUCUAGUGGGUCGACCUCAGCAUCCACCAACAUCCAUACAGGAGACUGUGUCGCACACAAAGUUCAACAAUAAAAGGUCAUAGUUCAAAGGUGAAGGUCAUCUAUGAAAUGAAGUCGUUAGACUACAAUAAAGGAAACCGUAAGACAGAUGUAGAAGGUGACACUGGAGCAACUUGUUGGAAGUACAUGUCAAGAGCUUAUAACCAUGUAUAAACAAUACAAGAUGUGUUCCUGAACUUCCACUAGCUGAAACCUGUGUGGCAGAGCAUGAGAGACACUGAAAAUAAUGUGCAUCAUACCACACAGAUCUUCAAAAUCAACUACAACAAUCAAUAUAUUUAUAUGACUUUGUCAUCUUUUCUGAGGUUUUUUU